CAUUUACACCGUACCAUGCAUCAUCAUCAUCAUCCAUGCAAUCGCAAACCCAUCACCGUCUCUUCCCUCCUCUUCUUCUUUCUCUAUCUCAACCUCCAUAGCCCACAAACCAUCGAAGCUCGAAACCCCUCUCAGUUUACAAUCAAUCCAUCCCAGCCUGACGUCGUCACUAUACCGGAAAUCAAACGUCACCUUCACCGGUUCGGUUACCUCCAACGCAGCAACGACAGUAAAUCCGACGCCAUUUUGUUCGAGAAGGCUCUCGCUCGUUACCAGAAAAAUCUCGGUCUACCGAUAACCGGGAAACCAGAUUCCGACACGUUGUCACAUAUUCGGUUACCAAGAUGUGGAUUUCCUGAUUACGUGGAAUCCAAAACGACGGCGUUUCACGCAGGACAAAAAUACGUGUAUUUCCCCGGAAAGCCCAGGUGGACAAGAGACUCUCCAUUGAAGCUAACGUACGCCUUCUCGCAGGAGAACCUAACCCCUUAUCUAACACCGGCACAAAUACGGCGCGUGUUCCGACGCGCUUUCGGCAAGUGGGCUUCGGUGAUCCCUGUAAGCUUCGUCGAAACAGAGGAUUACGUCUUCGCCGACAUCAAAAUCGGAUUUUUCGCCGGAGAUCACGGCGACGGAGAGCCAUUCGACGGUGUUUUAGGUGUUUUGGCCCACACUUUCUCGCCGGAAAACGGUAGGCUUCAUCUGGACAACGCAGAGACGUGGGCCGUCGAUUUCGAUGAGCAAAAAUCGAGCGUGGCCGUUGAUUUGGAAUCUGUGGCGGUGCACGAGAUCGGUCACGUGCUUGGGCUGGCUCAUAGCUCGGUGAAAGACGCGGCAAUGUAUCCAACGUUAAAGCCCAGAAGUAAGAAAGUGGAUUUGAACAUCGAUGACGUCGUUGGAGUACAGUCUUUGUACGGAACAAACCCUAAUUUCACGUUAAGUGCUUUACUUGCGUCGGAGACUUCUACCAAUCUAGCCGAUGGUACGAUGAUGAUUCGGCCUCAAGGACUUAUCUUUUCGACUCUGAGUACUCUUCUCUUUCUGAUUUUUCUUGAUUUGUAGGUUACUACAUAAAUCUUCUUCUUUUCUAACUGUUCCAUUUAGUUAUUAGUUUUGUUGUUUAUAAACCAUGUUUUCAUUAUUGUAUAUUUUAU